AUGUCCGAUCAAAAAACUCUUGGAUCAAUUUUCUCUCACUCAUCAGCUUCACACGCACUAAUUAUACCUUCUUCAGAAAAUAAUAGCAAUCCACCAAUAAAACUUUAUUAUCCAGACCUUAAAAAACAGUUAAGUGUUUUCCAAAAUCAACUCUACAAUUUAACAACAAACAUCCAAUCAUCAUCACAACAUUCUGUCGCGAUCGUUCUACCAAAUUCGUUGGAAUUGACAAUCACUUUUCUAGGUGUUACGUUAUCACGUAAUAUUGCCGCACCACUGAACCCGAAUUACACUUUGAAUGAAUUUAAAUUUUACCUGGAAGAUUCGCAAAGUAAAGUAGUGUUUGUGCCACGUGGAUCUUUUGAAAAAAACAUAUCGGCUGUUAAGGCUGCAAAGGAUUUCGAUCUUACGAUAUUUGAGAUUUGGUGGGAUUUGGUGAAUCAACAAAUUAAACUGGAUCUGAAGAGAGACGUGAUAGGGAAAAAAGCAAAUAAAUUUGAAAGAAAAGAAGUGGUGCCAAAAGAAGAUGAUGUUGCAUUACUUUUACAUACCUCUGGGACUACUGGACGCCCCAAAGGCGUACCGCUUACACAUAAAAAUUUAACAACCACCAUGAAUAACAUCGUCGAAACUUAUAAAUUCGUACAAGAAGACCGUACAUUAUUGGUGAUGCCUUUGUUUCAUGUGCAUGGAUUGAUUUGCGGAUUAUUGGCCACUCUGUUGUCUGGAGGUACCGUAGUUAUCCCUCCAAAAUUUUCAGCGACUACUUUUUGGAAAGAUUUUUUGGAAAAUGAAUGUACUUGGUACACGGCUGUUCCAACCAUUCAUCAAAUAUUACUCUUGCAUCCAUUACCGCCAAACGGAGUACCAAAAUUACGGUUUAUUCGUUCUUGCUCUUCAUCACUUGCCCCGGUUACACUUGCUCGGCUUGAACAAUCAUUCAAAGUCCCGGUACUUGAAGCAUAUGCGAUGACAGAAGCAGCCCAUCAAGUCACAUCAAAUCCAUUACCACCUGCGUCGCACAAACCCGGAUCGGUCGGAAUUAGACAAGGUGUGCAAGUGGCAAUUCUAGAUGAGACUGGUGAUCCGACGCAUGAAGGCGAAGUUUGCAUCAAAGGUGAUAAUGUCACUCAUGGCUACUUAAAUAAUCCCUCUGCCAAUAAAUCUUCUUACACAAAGGAUGGCUGGUUCCGAACAGGAGAUCAAGGCAAAUUCGAUGAAGAAGGAUAUUUAUUCUUGACUGGUCGUAUUAAAGAGCUGAUUAAUCGAGGUGGCGAGAAGAUUUCGCCACUAGAAGUCGAUGCUGUGUUGUUAGCACAUCCUGCAAUUAGUGAUGCGGUUUCUUUUGCCGUGCCUGAUCACAUAUACGGGCAAGAAAUACACGCGGCUGUUGUUCUAAAUAAAGAGCAACAAGGAAAUCGUAGUCCUACGAUAAUAGUCACCGAAAAAGAAAUACAAGAAUUUUGUGGAAAAAAAUUAGUGAAAUUCAAAGUCCCGAAACGAAUUUACUUUACUGAUCUAAUGCCGAAAACAGCAACUGGCAAAAUUCAACGAAAAAAUGUUUCAGAAAUUUUCUUUAAAAAGUCGAAACUUUAA